AGGUCCAAUCAAUAAUUUCUCUGCAGCAACGAGCAUGCAGCCAGGCAAGUAAUUAAACGGCAAAGCAGCUGCAGGGCCCACUGAACAUGACCGAUGCGAAAUCCAGAAACGACCUGAUUGAUAUAUAUCGCUCUCCUCCCCAUUACGGCAUCGAAUCCCUGGCCUUUGUCCAACCAAUUUAUCAAGUAUCAACCAUGCGUUGUAGAAUCUUCUCAUCACCAUCUCCCGUCCACAUGUCCCUCGUCUUCCUCCUCCUCUUCAUCUCCAUCAACGGUUACCCUGCGAACAGCCCCCCAGCCUCAUUCUGUCCAAACUCCACGACCUGUGGCGGACAACUUACUGCUUAUCCAUUCUGGGUAAAUCAGAACCCCUCCUACUACUGCGGUUAUGAAGGAUUUAUGCUGAUAUGCAAAGAUGGCCACCCAAUCCUUUCCCUCGGCUCCCACGAGUACAACGUAACCAACAUCGAUUACCACAACCAAACUAUUUCUCUUGUCGACACCGAUGUCGUCGACGCUGGCACCUGUCCCUGGCCCAGGCACAACCUCACCUUCGAGCACAACUCCUUCCUCAACUACACCUCCUCGGACAUCGACCUCACCUUCUUCCUCAAUUGCUCCUUGGAAAAAGAUCUUAGCAACAACCAAAUAACCUGCCUUCCCGGCAGCGAUGCUAGCAACUCGUCUUACAUCUUCACUGACGAUGAUCUUCCGACCGCCAAAGAGUACGGUUUGGCGCAGAGGUGCCAAGGUAUAGUGGUGGCGCCCGUCCUGAAUGAGCUCAGUGUUAACGGGAGCCAUUUGCUUGGUGACUUCGGAGGGGUGCUGAAGAAAGGCUUCCAGCUGCACUGGUCCGGGGAGCCCUUGGGGGAAUGUGGCCGCUGCGAGCUCUCCGGUGGGCGCUGCGGGUACAACCAAACGGGCAGCACCGGUUGGGUCUUCGUCCGCUUUUGCUCCGACUCUACCGGAACUCACAAAUUGAAGAAGAGGAAAAUCAUGAUAGGAACCUUUGUUGCCUUGGCAGGAUUAUCUUUGUGGUGCUUAUUCCUUUUAGCCUAUCUCCUUCGUUACAGAAAGUCUCACCCAGAGAAUGUGCACAGUGUUGAAGACUUGCUACGAAAAUAUGGUUCCCUGGUGCCAAAAAGGUAUAAGUAUUCAGAAAUUAAGAGGAUGACCAAAUCCUUUAGUCACAAGUUAGGACAAGGUGGUUAUGGAAAUGUGUUCAAGGGUAGUCUCUAUGAUGGCAGUCCGGUAGCUGUGAAAGUCUUGAGUGAGUCCAAAGGAAAUGGUGAGGAAUUUGUCAACGAAGUAGUUAGCAUCGGCAAAACUUCUCAUGUAAACAUUGUUUGUCUACUAGGCUUCUGUAUAGAGGGGUCCAAGCGUGCUCUUGUCUACGAAUUCAUGCCAAAUGGAUCACUAGAGAAAUUUAUAUACACAGAGAUACCAAAUGCAAACAUUAAACUUGGUUGGGAAAAAUUAUAUGAGAUCACUGUCGGUGUAGCUCGAGGACUAGAGUACUUGCAUCGUGGGUGUAACACUCGGAUAGUACAUUUUGAUAUCAAGCCUCAUAACAUCCUGCUAGACCAAGAUUUUUGUCCCAAAAUUUCUGAUUUUGGGCUGGCAAAAUUAUGCCCUCCAAAAGAGAGCAUCAUUUCAAUAAAUGGUGCUAGGGGAACGGUUGGGUACAUUGCCCCUGAAGUUUUCUCUAGAAAUUUUGGAGUUAUCUCUAGCAAGUCUGAUGUUUACAGUUAUGGAAUGAUGGUGCUAGAAAUGGUUGGUGGACGGAAAAAUAUAGAUGCAAGAGUAGAAAAUACCAGUGAAAUUUAUUUUCCACAUUGGAUUUUUGAUCACCUCGAUCAAUACAAUACCCUAGAAGCUUGUAGAGUGACUAGUGAGACUGAAGAGAUUGUCAAAAAGAUGAUAAUAGUUGGGUUAUGGUGUAUACAAAUGCAGCCUACAGAUCGACCUUCAAUGAGUAGAGUAGUGGAUAUGUUGGAAGGAAGCAUUAGUGACUUACAAAUGCCACCAAAACCAUAGUUAAUUUCUAUUUUAGAAUCAUCAAUGAUUCUAAUAUUUCAACGGCAUGUAUUCCUUAUGAGGUGCAAAACUCAUUGUACUUUUUAGCUCGUUAAAGGAUAAUCUCUACGCUUAUGUUUGAG